CGUGCCCUCGAGGGUUGUGAAUUUUUAUCAAUAACUGUUGAUUUUAUUUUAAAGUCAUCGCUUUUUCGAUGUAGCAGUGACGUGGAACAGCAAAUUUACUAUCAGGACAUCUAUUUUUAUUAAAUCCACCAAAAUGAUGUCCCACCAAGAAGCACUCCGGGCACCGAAAAUGGAGCCUUACUAUGCUCAACAGUUGGACCCAAUGCACUAUUCACACCCCCUACCAUUGCUGCCUCAUCACUGCUCUCAGCCAGAACAAAUUGAACCUUUACAUCUUGGGCAGCCUAAAACCGAGUACUAUAGUCAACCGAAGAAUGAGAGCCACUCACCCAAUGAAGAACCCCAUAAAGUGUUGGAAAUUCCUAAAGAGGAAAGACCAAAAAAAGAAAAGGAAACCGAGCAACCAAAUACGUCAACAUCAGAUAAACCAAUAAAGUUCAUAAGUGUUACAAGUGAUGUGUUAACCACAGAACAAAGAAAGAUGUAUGAAUCUGUUCUGGCUACAUGGACACCACAGAAUUUACCGAGUUUCAAAACACCAAAACGGUACAUAUGUCAAAAAUGUUGUAAAGAAUUUAAAAACUAUCAGAAUUUAUACUUACACACAACUAGAGUCCAUAGUACAGAGGAUUCAGCUGUAGCGUGCAAUUUAUGUGAUAAAACGUUCAAAAAUAAACAUUAUUUAUAUAUGCAUAGGAUGAACAAGCAUUAUUCUGAGUCAGAAAAGUGUUACUGUCAAUUUUGUCUACAAGAGUUCCGUACGAGAAGAGCUUUGCAUAUGCAUGUAAAAAAACUACACCCUUCUGCAUUACCAGAGCUAAAAUGCCCAGAAUGUAAAAAGGAAUUCAAUGUUCCAUAUAAACUUAAAUACCAUAUUGAUGCGUGUCACCGUACGGAUAAACAAAAACAGGAAUGUCCUGUAUGUCACAAAUUAUAUAAAAACCAUUUAAAUCUAAAUCGUCAUUUACACUUCCAACAUUCACAAGUUGAACGACACACGUGUGUAUUCUGUCCAAUGACAUUUAAAUCAAAACAUCAUAUGAAACGACAUGUUUUAAAUAUACAUCCACCAUUAGAAUCUAAAGCACAGUGUCCAGAAUGCUUUAAAGAAUUCAAGAAUGAUCAGUAUUUAAAAGAACAUAUGCAAAUUCAUUCGUCCCCUGAAACAAAAAUUAAAUGUGAUUUAUGCGAUAAAUAUUUCCAUUCAGCAAUACGUCUUAAAAAACAUAAGAAAAUUGUACAUCCGUCUAAACCUAAAAUACGCUGUGAGAAGUGUGAUAAGGAGUUUGCUCAUGCGCAUUACUUGAGACGUCACAACAAUGCCGUUCAUAUGGAUGUAGACGAGACUAAAUAUGAACACGAAUGUGAACAGUGCGGGAAAAAAUUUAAACUACGGAGAUAUUUAAACAAUCAUUUACAACGGCAUGAACAACAAAACAUGAAACGAAUAUCACAAAUGGUGAAAACUGUUAUAGACGAUCGGAAACCGUUGAAGAAGCGAGGAAGACCUAAGAAAGAACGAAAGGAGAUUGAAUUUAUCAAAUGUGAGCCUGUGUCUAGUUCGGAAGAUUCAGAUUCUGGAGAAACGGAGUCAGAUUCUGAGUAA